CAUACAAAACAAUGAUUCUCGUCGAACAAUAUCGACGAUUCUAGUUAUUAGAAUUUUUUAACAUAAUAGUAUUAGUUUACUACUUGCUUAAAGUUGCCUUCAACACAUUACCAAAGAUGAAUAAAAAAAGGCAAACUCAUUUCUUUGAUUUGUAUUGGGAAGAUAUUAUAGUAGCGAAGAUAAUGCCAUUCCUCUCUAUUGAAGAAUGUUUUAUUUUUCGAACUGUUUCACGGACUUGUCUUCAGAUUGUGGACAUGUAUUUCUCAAAACUAAACUCAUUAAAAUUGAUGAAUAAAGGCUUUUCACCACACACGUUCAAUGUUUUCGCCACGAGGUGUACAAAACUGAAGAUUCUGAACUUGAAUAGAUGUGACUCCAUCACAGAUUCAGAUUUGAUACCCUUGUUACGUCGUAACACAGGACUUGUCAAUCUAAACCUAAGCCAAUGCAAGAAUUUGACUGCAAAGUGUUUGCAACCACUAAUAUUACACUGUGAUAAUUUACAAAUAUUGAAGCUUGCUAAUUGUUCAUGGUUUACCACAGGAGCAAUGGAGGCUUUAGCUCUUCAUCAGAGCAAGUUAAAAGAUGUAGAUUUAGCUUAUUGUGUCUCAAUAUCAGAGAGCUGUAUUCUUAUAUUUAUUAAAAAAUUUAAAGAUAUAAAAACUUUGAACCUGGAAGGGAACACACAAGUUACAGACAAAUGUCUGUACACAAUGUGCAAGUACAGUAAGUCACUGAAGCUUCUCAAUUUGGGUGGAUGUUGUGAUAUAACUGAUAAAGGAGUGAGAGCGCUUGCAGUUCAUCUGCCUCAACUUGAGGGUUUGCUGAUUAGAGGAUGUAACAAAGUAACUGAGAGCAGUCUUCAGCUACUAAGAAAUCGCGUUCAUCUGGACCGGAAGCCCACACAAGCUGUUCCAUUCCCUAUCUACUUGCAGAUAUGAAAAAACCAUGGUUGUGCUGUUGUAUUAUUACUUAACUUCUGACAUUUCAAAGACUAAUGUACAGGCGAAAGUGUCCAAAAGUCCCUCGGUGUGUUUACAAUAAGGUUACUCUUCUUUAAAAGUAGCUUCAAAUUGUUUUGAGACAGCAAGGGACAAGACGAGCAGGUUGUUCAGCUGAUUAAUUAAUACGCGCUGCCCAUUACAAUGCUGUGCCGUUCAGGAUUAUUGAAAAACCCAAAACUUUUGAGUGGGUAUACAAUAAUUGUGCUCGUCACCUUGACACAAGAUUUUAAGUCUCGUUUGCCCAAUAAAUUCAUUAGCGUCGCCUUUCAUACCGAAAUACAAGAAUGCUUACACAUUACUGCUUCACGGCAUUAAAAGGUGCCGUCGUGGUAACUAUUUAGUCUAGUCGGCGUCCUGUGCAAAGGAACCUCCCACUGGUAAAAUCAUUGAAAAAUAUUUUUUUAGAAUAGACAAUAAUAUUAAAAAUAUAUGAUCCCAAUAUAAAUCGUGCACACUUUCCUUAAAGGCCGGCAACCCGGCUAUGAUUCCGUUUGUGUGCAAGAGACGUGGGCGGGAGUGAUCACUUAAAAUCAGGUGUAACCCUUAAGCUCUUUAGUCCUCCUAUUCCAUUAAGAGCUGCCAAAGGAUUACACAUCUACACGUAUUUCCUGGAAGAAGUUUUAUAGAAUUUCUGCACACUUUUUCGUUAACUGUUAUCGCUUUCACUUGCUUGUCGUCAACAGGUUGGAUGAAACAACAUGCUAUUCGACCAUGUUCGCGUUGUCGAUAGACAGGAUCGGAAAAGGUCCUCUUAAGAAAAGAAAAACAUGCCCAGAGACAACAAGAUAAAAAAUAAGUGUAGUUUAGAAAGUUCUUCUUUUCUUAAGUUUUUGUUGGCAAUAUCAAUUUUGUGAUAUCGUUAUGAAAUGAAAGAAACAGCAGAUCGGAGAUCAAUGAAAUACUUACUUUUAAAUCUUUAUUUUAUUGUAAUUGGAAAACUUACAGCUUAAUACAGUUAUAGUUAGGAAAAUAUUUACAUAUUCACAAUUUUUUAUGAAUUAAAUCUGCUAUUUAAUCCAAAAUUACUGUUACAUACUUUCCCAUUAUAUAUAAUUUAUCUGUUUAUAUGUAUAAAUGUAAUCUAACAACACGGGAUAAAAAUAGCCUCAUCUAACCACAAUGUGUGCGUGACACCGACAGCAGUACCUACAGAGGGCCUACCAUCAACUUGUAAUAAGCGAUGCGAUUCCGAAGCAGUUCAGUUUAGGUACCUAAACUUAAUCACUAAAAUUCGUACCAUGAAGUGCCUUUUACUGAAUGGCGUUUGGAUCGCUUAUGAAGAAGGAACGAAAUAAAUUUGUCUGUGGCCCGCGGUAUGAGACAGAGAUGAUGCUCUACAGUCGUUGCAUAAGUUUGUCUCUCUUACUUGAACCAUAUGCGUUGCGUUUCGAAACCUAAAAUGAUAUCCUUUUAGCACUUUUUUUUGCGUAGAAAAUACUAAAAAUACAUUUUAAAAUUACGGUUUAUAGCGUCAAAUUAUAAACCAUUGUGCCCUUUGUUGUACUUAUAAAAUAAUAGUAAUAUAAAUAAAUAUAGUUCUUUAUAUUACAAAUUAAAUGUUUGCUUUUAGGUGUUUUCGUCAAAAGAACGAAUUAUGAACGCACCUCCAUUGAUUUUUGAUUUAACAGGACCACAAAGUACAUUUUUUUUAAUUCGUUCUUGCGAACAGACUAUAUCCCGGGUCCUUACUGCCUCAUCUUUAGUAUUUUCAUUUUCAGAAUUUUUCUUUUCUGUAUGUUUUCACUAUUUUUUAAAAGUUCAUGACAGGAUUUACUUCUCUCUGAGGAAGUAGCAACUUUUUUCGAAUCGCUCACUUUGACACAUAAGCUAUCCAGUUUAGGUUGAUAUAUUACCUCAUGGUACGAAUGAAUAAACGAACUAAAUUAGUUUGCGAUUCAAGUGAUAUCAUUUUUGACAUUCAAUUGACAUCAUUGCGUUUUAAUAAGUUGAUUUGACGUCAACCUAAAUUAGAUAGCUCUAAUAACGUCAUGGUACGAAAUAACAAAGCAGUACAUUUUAGGUUGUCAAUUGAAUCGCAAUAAGAGUUCAUGGUAGGCCCGGGGGUAUUUAACAUUACUGGUCCGAUAGUUGGUACUAAUCUAAACAUCUCCAUUUUCAAGUCUACCUCGUAAUCCGAUUUUUGUUAAAUACAUGACAAUGAAAUGUUGAGGACAUACGACAGAUUGGUCGACCUUGCGAGUUGAAAUAUGCGUACUUUGACGCGGCCAUUUUAGUGACGUGGCCAAUGAACUAAACAAAAUGAUUUGAGCGCGAAGAAUAAUAAAUUCUAUAGUUUAGUUAAAUUCUUGAUAGAAAAUAAUGAAAACCCGGCUUAUUUCAUUAUAUGGCAGUACCUCCACUGUCGUAAUCAUGUACUUUCUUUCUUAGCAUAGCGGUGGUUUCUGAAUUUCCUUUAAGGCGAAGAGUAAGCAGAAAAUACGCAUAUAUGGUGUUUUUAGACAAGUUUUGUGGUGAAAGUAUAGCAUUACGAGCUAUGAACACUUACUUAAUCCUGCUACACAUAUCCUUAAGUCUUAUUUGUAGGUUGCUAAUGCUUGCUGUUGGUUAUAGUUAACACUGCCGAGCUUUUUUGAACUACCACAUUUCUUUGAUGUUAAACAAGUUUUUUGGCAUGGCGUGACGCAUUUUUUUAGUACUUCUCUCAGAAAAGUUAUUCUUAUAGCUUGUACUUUUUUGUGUAGGUUCAUUUAUUCAGAUUAGUAGUGAAUAACGAGGAUUGUAAGCAUAUAAACUGUUUUCCAUGCAAGAAUUUUGAAAAUAUUGGCUUUAUUACAUAGAUGGCGGGCCGGCAGCCGUGAACUCAUAUCGCUUAAGGUCGCUGGCAUUUAGUGUCGCCUUAACUUUGAGUGCACAAUUAUGUAUAUUUCAGAAGAUUUCAGCAUUGGUUCUAGACCCCGUUUAUUAUAAUAACUUUUACAUCUGUCUUUUUUUGGGAGAUGUAUGUUUUUAUCAAAGGUGUUUAUCUGUGGUUAAAGCCUUGUGGACAAAUGAUGAUGCUGUAGAUACAUCUGUAUGCUGCCCUUGUGUCCUUGUCUAUUGUUUCAUUUACUUUGAAGAGAAGUGUUUUUCAUUUUUUUUAAACAGAGAGUGAUAAAAAUACCACACAGGAGAGGUUAUUUUUAAAUCUCUAUGUUCACAAUGGAAAAAUCCGUAAAGCCAGACUGUAUUGUACAGAGAAAGUAUUCCUUGUGAAUGCAUUAGACUGCAAGGGCUUGUUAUUGAGUUAGUUAUACACAUUAAUACCGUAAUAAAGUGACAAUGGUAGAUUUUCUAGUUUUAUUAGUCCAGGUUUGUAAUUUUAAGUGCAAAAUAUUUAAUUUAUUUAACGAUAUAGAGUUUAUUCCCUGUUAUUGUUGAUUUUGUAUGUACGACCGUCUAAUUAGUGAAAACCUCUUUAGUGAUACUUUUUUUUUGUAGGUAUUUAAUGAGACAGCUCUCACGAUGCCUCAAGUAAGGGAGACUCGGUGAUCGUUACGUUACGCAUCAGUCGCAUUCAGUGUCGACUUAAGCAUAUUAUGAUGUGUCAAUACGUUAUAUGUAGUGCGUUAUAAAUAUUAUACGUGUGUGUAAAUGUCUAAAACCCUAUCACUAGUUAGUACCUAUAUUAAGUGAUUUGUGUUUUGAGUAAGGAAUUAAAUACAUGUGUAGUAUGAUAUAAAUGAAGUCAUAAUAAAAUAUGGGACAAACGA